UACUACAACCACUAUCACUACUAUUACUAUUAGUACUACUGAUACUUCAACCACUAAUAUAUGAUAUUCCACUAUAUCAGGGAAUCGUAAACAUGGACUACAAAAGGACAUCAGAUAAAGAAUUAUGAGUCGUGUGUUUUACACGUCACGUGACAAGAGAAGGGUCAACUAUUACUUAAUGACUGAGAUGCUGGGUGCCUGGUCUUGAACAGUUGUUUAGUAUCUCGGAUGCAUGUUUAUAUAAGACUUAUAUUGACAAUAGCUCAAAUAUACAAGACUAUUACUCGUGAAUUUUAUAUAGAACCACUUCAGCCUUGAUGAUCAUCCGGGACUUAGUCGGAGUUUAACGUCACUUGUGAUCAGUAUUUUAGUUAUAUGACAGCAACACUUGUUUGUACAUGUAUUGACAGAAACUCAUUCCAGAUUGGAGACCCGGUUUAUGUAACAAUGCGAUCGACCACGAGGUUUCUGAUAAAAACUGAACUAGAAUGCACGACUGGGAAGGCAACCUUGACAACAGUUUAGAGGACCCUCCCUCUGCACUAUGCAUUGCGUGACUUGCGUGGCUACGGCACUGGAUAUAAGUAUGUCCAGGUUUGCUUUCUGCACCUGAUGAUUCUUAAGCACAACCAUAUUCAAAUCUAUUUGCCACAUACAAGUUACAUUUGUACCUACAAAACUGGUGAAAAGGAUAACUUCUCUUUCUUGCACUGCAUUACACGAACGCUCUCGGCCUUGGGCUAUAGCUGAGUCUGCAUUCGUAUCCCCGCAUGUAAUGUAUGAUGAAAACUUUUGUGUUGUCCCCGACAUCAAAACUCGCGAAAUCGUAAACGUGCAUAUAAAUAGCCCCCCUGCUGCGACCGAAUGCAUUUGUCAUUGAAUAACCUGACCAUGACGAGUUAUCGUACCCAAUGAAGACAGGUGUUUAAUGCGUCACGCGAGUAGGCGCCACUCACAGCCCGAGUUCCGUUUUGUAGCUGAACAAGGCGACGGCCAUAUUUGACUUCUUGUUGUACCUGUGUCGUAUCUGUAGCUUAGUCCCUUAUACCCAAACACCUGACGUCAGAAGAUGGCUGCCCCCCACGUUGUCGUCCUCCAGAGGAACCACAAGUUCCUGAAGGAGAACCUUCUGGUGGACCCUGUGCUGGACGCCUUGUUGCAGGACGAUGUCUUCACACAGGCGGACUAUGACAGGUGUAGACAGGCUGGGCCGGAGAAAUGUGAGAUGCUGUUAGAAAUAUUAAAGAAGAAGGGACAAGAAGGGUACCGGACACUGUGUGCUGUCCUUGAUUCCUCUCAGCUGUUCAUCAAACAACGGCUUGAUGGAACCUCCACGGAAGCAGGUAGUUCAGAUCUCGUCUAUGUCAACAAGUUCAAGCUGGAAGCUCAGUACAAAAAGGAAAUUGGGGAAAAAGAGGACCAGAUAGCUGAACUGCAAUCUGCAAAGGAAAGACUUAAGGAACAAAUAAAACAAAAGGACUUGGACCACGCUGAACGGGAGGAAGCAAUUAAAAAGGAAAGAGAGGAACACAUAGCACAGAUGGAAAAGCAGGAGGAGGAAGUAGAAACAUUGAAAAUGCAACUGUCAAAGUCAAACGAUGAUUUGCAGCAGAGUCAGGCAGAAUGUGACGACGUGAAGAAGAGACUGCAUGAAGAACAGGAGGCAUACGAGGCCUUGUCAGGGGAUGCUAGGCCGCAGUCCCCAGAUAUUGAAGACAUUGCAGUGCAGGUCCAACAUACUGGUGCCAUUGACAGAAUGUGCCAGUUCUCAACUCAAUCUUGCUGUGAUGAAAGUCAGCUUUGUCUCCUUCCAUGCCUCCAUUCUGCCUGUAAACCAUGCAUUGAUCACCACGCUGCCCAAGCACAACAGAAGUGCCUCCAAUGUCCGUGUGAUCGUGAGUUCAACACGGAACAGACUGAAGUAGAUCAUGUUGGACGCAAUGAGGUUGCCUAUGCUGCCAACGUUGAGGGAGACAAGAAAUGUAACUACAUCGAGGGAGAUCAUGACGCAAACGCUGAGGUGUACUGUCACGAAUGUGAAAACCUGCUCUGCUCCUACUGUCAUAAACAUCAUGACGUACCGAAACGGAAUAGAAACCACAGAGUGGAGGAGGUCAAUCAGACAGAGAAUAUCCCCAUGAGGCAAUGGCUGAAGGAACCUAAUUGCACAGACCACCCAAACAAUGAACUCCAGCUGUAUGACCACACAUGUAAGAAGGCUAUCUGUAUUGUAUGUCUACAUGGGGCCCAUAGAGAUCACAAGAAAGAAGACUUGAAUCAUGCCCAUGAGAAGGCAAAGGGUCAGCUGGAGGAACAGUUGCAGAAUCAACGACGUAAACUGAAAGAUGUCACAGACAAAAUGGCAACUGUCAACAGUCACCAAGAUGAACUGGGAGAUAAACAGAGAAAGCUGGAACAAGCCAUCAUUACAGUUUGUAAAAGUGUGGCUGUAAAGUCCCUUCAUCGACAGCGAAAUCUGAGGAAAGAGGUUCAAAUGAGUUUGGAGGCCCCAAAUAAAACAGUUCAAGAGACCCUUGACACUAUACAUGACGUCCAUACUUCCAUUGCAUCCAUGAUAGACUACACACAGAGAACACUGGAAUCCACAAGAAGAGAGGAGCUCAUCACUCUCACUGCUGCAAUACUGAAGAAAUGUGAUGAAAAUCUCAAGAGGGAACUUCCAGAAGAUGACACAAGAGAUACAAGGAUCCUCCUUUCCUUUCAAGGCCAGAAAGCCCUGGAGGAACUCAUCGAUACAUUUGGUGGACUUGUCUCCUGUCUCGACUUGGAUCAUAUUCCAGACACACAGCGUACUUAUCAAGGUCUGCUUCAACAGAUACAUCUGCUGACAUUGAGAGAACAAGAAACAAACACGCUACAUGAAGAACGAUGGCACCAGCUUGUCAAGAUUUUAUUUCGCAUCCCAGGAAUCAAGGAAUCCGACUCUACUGUAUCUGGAUCACAGGAACUCCAGCCUGCACAGCCGACAUCACAAGACGUUUAUGAAGUUGUGACCAAAUUCAUAAUUGGAUCACUCAUGUCCACGGAGACAACUCCACGUGGAAUUUGCUUGACAGGCUCUUUCUGUCCAAUGCACAUCCUCAGAGAGGGCAGCAGUGUCAAAUACAUCAUCUGUCCUAAACUACAACUGCACGCUGAUCGAGCCAACACAGAUGAAUGCCACGUAACUACAGACGGUGAGCUGGUCAACUCGCGGCCCGCCACACGACACAGACACAGCGGCAGGUUUCAGAGAUACAUCGGCACCUGUAGUUCCACCCCCAUCCCCCUUCCUCCACACCCCUCUAAUGUCACCCCUGUCCCACACACACCACGAUACUGGGAGACCCACUCCAGGGUGGGUGUGGUGGGUGGGAGGACGUGGUGGCCUGUCGUGGAGAUGGGUGUGGUAGAGGAGAGCCAGGUGGACAGUGACUGUUAUGUUCGUGCACAGCGCCGCUCCUGGUGUGUCUGUGUAUGGAGAUGUGUCACACACCGGGGGAGUAUCUGUACCAGGGUGUAUCAGCAGGGGGAGCGAGGGGAGUGUUACAGAAACACAAUGUCUGACACACCCGGCACACAGGCCACCCUCCACUAUGGCGUUGUGCUUGAUGUGGGGAGGGGGAGACUCGGCUUCAUCGAUCUUGACAGGGAGAUUGUUUUGGCCAAGUUGGAUGUUGAGUGGAGGGAGUCUCUUCUCCCCGUGUUUAGUGUUGGGUGGCCAGGCGUCUACACAGUCAACAUGAAGGUGGUCAGCGGGGUGGACAUCACCAUGACUGACUCCAAGAAGUCACUUAUUUAUAACGCCCUCACAUAGGAAAUAAAAUAAACAUGACAUUGUGUAAACUUG